ACAUGGGUUAUAUUCUCCUAUUACAAUUUAUUUUAAUGCUCAAAUUUUCCCAGAUUUGGCCCGCAGAAGCCCCUUCAAGAUGACUGCUUUGUCUUGUUGAAAUGUUUCCAUAAUUCCUUGAACAUCUUCAUACUUUCUGGCACAGUAAGAUGUUCCAGGCCCACUUAUAUGGUAGUUAAAAUACAUGUAUAUUUAUUUAUAUUGCUAUGUAUAUAGAAAACCUUGAAUUCACAUCAAUACCUCUAAUUCCAAUCCAAUCACAAGGCUUCUUGCUUUGCUCACCGCUCUGUCACCAACAGUGAGAAAUCCGGCUCGUGUUGUCCUCAGCACAGUUUUCCUGUGUGUCGUCCCCCUCGACACACCCAGCCACCUGACCUUCAGGCUGCCCUACCCUCCUUGUUUGCGCUCUGACCCCCACAUGACCUGACUUCCUAGCUGAACACGGGGGCGGCUAUCAUCUCCUAUGUAGAUAGAAAAGCAGGGAGAACAAAUUAGUAGAGAGAGAUACACCAAAAAAUCAAAGGACACAGAGUAUCCUUCGGGUUCCUGGAAGCUUUCCAAGGCUUCAUUCUAGUCCUUUGCUAAGAGGUGGCUGUGUUCCCGUUCCUGGCUUUGUGAGAAACUCCUACAUCCUGAUGAUGAAUUCUUCCCUUUUGGCUAAGUUACUUCAGGUUGGUUUCUGUUCCUUGUAAACAGAGUUAUAAACAAGGGUCUAUUUAUAUCCUGGUGUGUGCUACAAAAACUGAAAAAGAAAAAAGAACAAAUUGUGGAAUAUAAUCAGGGCAAAGGGAAAUUAAAAAUUAGCCCGCAGAAAAUGCACACCACAUGGUACUGUGCUAUUGCUUCAUAUGAGCUAAAAUAUUGGCGCUAAGAUCUUCAGUGAUCUAAACUAAGUGUGAAGUGCUGUCCCUUAGAAGAUUUUGUCUCCAGAUUUAAAACAAACCAGCAACGGGAGGAUGAACAGAUACAACAUCUGAGCAAAAGAGCCUAGAAGUGAACCCUUUAACAAAUGGCCAAUAAAUGGCAAACUUUGUAGCCAUCUGGAAAAAAUAUUACUUUGGACCCACACCUCACCCCAUACGCUGAACCAGUCCCCAAUGCAUCGACGUUUAAUUGCAAGAGACUGGAACUCUAAAUGUCCAUCGGCACAAUAUUGGUAAAUAAAUGAUGGCAUAUCCCUGCAAUAAAAAGUUAUGGGGAUUGAAAACAUAGUGAGGAGCUCUGUGUAUAUUGCAAUAGACAUCUUUUUGAUAUAUUAGGUAAUAAAGAGCAAGAUGUAAUCAUUGCGUAUGGCAUAUGACCAUUUUUGUAAGUCAGGGAAUGUCUUGGCUUCUAUAGGCAUAAAGAAUUCUCUAGAACAAUGAGCAAAAAAUAGUGGUUACAUGUCUGGGCAUGGGGAUAGGUGUGGGGGAGAAAUCCUUUUUAUGUUUUCUGAUGAAUGAACCGUGUGUAAAUAUUUAUUGAAAAGUUUUUAAAAAUUGAUGAAAUCAGAGGAGCCCAGCUAGUUCUGACACAUUGAGAGGACACAGGAGCGGCUGAAAGUCUUACCUGCCCACAAAUUCCCACUGCAGGGGGCCCCCAGCGGCCAUCCCCACCCUGAGACACCAUCCUUCUCGCGAAGUUUUCCCUCCCCGAAGCCUUUCCGGAUGUUACUGGGGAGGCCUAUUGCCCACGGUGCUUGUUGUAGAAGAAAUGUCCCUCUUAGGGAAGUCUGCCAAGAGCAUCUGACUAUUUCCUCAUUUUACCCACCAACAUUCCACGUGUAGGUGCAUUUACAAUAAGUAUGUGAUCAAAUCUGAGCCCUAGAGGUGGCUGGCGCACACCAGCUUUCACAGCCAGAAUUCCUGGGUUCACGUCGCAGUUGUCGACUUAUUAGCUGUUUACUUGCUGGAGGUUAUUCAUUUUGUUCAUCUUGACGGACGGGGGUGGGGGGCAUCAAAGCUCCUGCCCCCAGGGUCCAGGUAAGGGUCACAGUGUCCAUGUAAGGACCACAGGCUGAUGGCUGUCUGUCCAAUAGCAAUAUAAUGCGGGCUGUAGGAAGCAUUACAAUUCUUCUAGCACUCACAUUUUAAAGACACAAAUGAAACUAACGUUGAUUCCCAUAUGUGCAAAAUAUUACCACUUUAACAUGUAAUCAAUAUAAAAUUAUUAGUGAGAUGUUUUACAUUAUUUGUUGGUACAGAACACAUACAUCUGAGUUCCGACCCGCGUGUCUCAAUUGGGACUCGCUGUAUCUUCAGUGCUCCGUGGGCCUCUGUGUUGAGCCUUGCUGGCCUAGCCAGGGUGCAGCACAUAGUAGGUGCUAAUUCUUGUGAGCAGAGAUGCAACUGCUGUUAUCACCCCUCGCUUGGAGUAAACCUGUGGGGGUAGUCCUCUGGGUGAGAUGCCUGCAUUUUGGGAUAAAUUAAUAAGGUUUACUUUAAGCCAACUCAGUUGGCCUCCGUUAUUUUAAUUCACAGCUGCAAGGUGUGGUACCGGUCACAGCCUCUGCAAAUGAACAAUUUACGCAAGACGGGAAGCCACUGUCCCCAUCUCGGUUCUGUGGCUGUCCCAGUUCUGGGGUUAGGGGUGGGAGGUGGGGGUCUGCUGUCCCCCCGCAUGCGUUGGUCCCUGCACCACUCUAGCGGGGGUAAGGCAGGAGAGUGGGGAAGUCUUUUAAAAAUGGGAGGCAAGCCGAGCCCCCGGAGAACAAUUACGGCUGUGGGGCAAGGCCACGUUCAGGGAGCGGUGGGUGCCAGGAAGGGUAACGAGGGGCACGGACGAAUCCCGAGAGCCCGCAGACCCGGCCAGGCUGGGCGAGCGCCCGCAAGCUCGGCGUGCGGGCCCACGAAGGCCGCACCCACGCGGGGCCGCGGCGGCGGCGGAACGCCGGGCCGGCCGGGCCGCAAACGCCGCCUCAGCCCCCGCGGCCGCCGUGUCCCGGCUGCUGAGUGGCCGAGGGGCCGGGAUUAACCUUUCACCGCGGCGCCCCGCCCAAUCACAGGCCCGCUCUCAGCCGGCGCGCGGCAAGCGCGGCGCGGGGGGGCGCGGGCGCCAGUGGGAUUCUCCAAGCGGCCGUGCGCCGUCGCCGCGGGCUGUGCGCGGGCUUCGGGCGAGCCGGGCGCUGCGCAGUCUCCGCAGGCGCCGGCGGGAGGGGUCGAGGCGGAGGCGCGGCGCGGCGCAGGCUGCUCCAGGCCCAGGUGAAUGGAGUAACCUGACAGCGGGGACCAGGCGACGGCGAGCGGGAGGAAAUGGCGGCGGCGGCGGCGCCGGGCGGCACCGAGAGGCCUGGGCUGUGACGCACGCGCCGGAGCGGGGUCCGAUGGUUCUCGAAGGCCCGCGGCGCCCCGUGCUGCAGGUUACCUAGGGUAUGAAUUAAUACAGACUUGGAAACUGAAAGAACUUAGACUCAGCAUUUUGAGAGCGGAAGCAUGGGCAUGCUGUGAUUUUCCAAUGAGCUGCUGUCACAAUGUCAAAAUGCAGUUCAGACAACAGCAACACAGAGGUCUCACACAUUAAAACGUAAGCUGUGCUAGAACCAAAAUGCAAUGAAAGAAACACUGGAUGAAUGAAAAGCCCUGCUUUGCAGCCCCUCAGCAUGGCAGGCCUGCAGCUCAUGACCCCUGCUUCCUCACCAAUGGGUCCUUUCUUUGGACUGCCAUGGCAGCAAGAAGCAAUUCAUGAUAACAUUUAUACGCCGAGAAAAUAUCAGGUCGAACUGCUCGAAGCAGCUCUGGACCGCAACACCAUCGUCUGUUUGAACACUGGCUCAGGGAAGACGUUCAUCGCCGUGCUGCUCACUAAGGAGCUGUCCUAUCAGAUCCGGGGGGACCUCGCCAGACAUGGGAAGAGGACGGUGUUCCUGGUCAACUCCGCAAACCAGGUCGCUCAGCAAGUGUCCGCCGUCAGAACUCAUUCUGAUCUCAAGGUUGGGGAAUACUCAGACCUAGAAGUCAAUGCAUCUUGGACAAAAGAGAAAUGGAACCAAGAGUUUACUAAGCACCAGGUUCUCAUUAUGACUUGCUAUGUCGCCUUGAUUGUUUUGAAAAAUGGCUACUUAUCACUGUCAGACAUUAACCUUUUGGUGUUUGAUGAGUGUCAUCUUGCAAUUCUAGACCACCCCUACCGAGAAAUUAUGAAGCUCUGUGAAAGUUGCCCAUCAUGCCCUCGUAUUUUGGGACUAACUGCUUCCAUUUUAAAUGGGAAAUGUGAUCCAGAGGAAUUAGAAGAAAAGAUUCAGAAACUGGAGAAAAUUCUUAAGAGUAAUGCCGAAACUGCAACUGACCUGGUGGUCUUAGACAGGUAUACUUCGCAGCCGUAUGAGAUUGUGGUAGACUGUGGACCAUUUAUGGACAGGAGUGGGCUUUACGAAAGACUGCUGAUGGAAUUAGAAGAAGCACUUAAUUUUAUCAACGACUGUAACGUAUCUGUACAUGCAAAAGAAAGAGAUUCUACUUCAAUUUCUAAACAGAUACUGUCAGACUGCCGCGCGGUGCUGGUGGUCCUGGGGCCCUGGUGCGCAGACAAAGUGGCCGGCAUGAUGGUGAGGGAGCUGCAGAAGUACAUCAAGCACGAGCAGGAGGAGCUGCACAGGAAGUUUCUAUUGUUUACAGACACUUUCCUACGGAAAAUACAUGCACUAUGUGAAGAGCACUUCUCACCUGCCUCACUUGACCUGAAAUUUGUAACUCCUAAAGUGAUAAAACUGCUUGAAAUCCUACGCAAAUACAAACCAUAUGAGCGGCAGCAGUUUGAAAGCGUUGAGUGGUACAAUAAUAGGAACCAGGAUAAUUAUGUGUCUUGGAGUGAUUCUGAGGAUGACGAUGAGGAUGAAGAAAUUGAAGAAAAGGAGAAGCCAGAGACAAAUUUUCCUUCUCCGUUUACCAAUAUUUUAUGUGGAAUUAUUUUUGUGGAAAGAAGAUACACAGCGGUCGUCUUAAACAGAUUGAUAAAGGAAGCUGGCAAACAAGAUCCAGAGCUGGCUUACAUCAGCAGCAAUUUCAUAACUGGACAUGGCAUCGGAAAGAAUCAGCCUCGUAACAAACAGAUGGAAGCAGAAUUCAGAAAACAGGAAGAGGUACUCAGAAAAUUUCGGGCUCAUGAGACCAACCUGCUUAUUGCGACAAGUAUCGUGGAAGAGGGCGUCGAUAUACCGAAGUGCAACUUGGUGGUCCGUUUCGAUUUGCCCACGGAGUAUCGCUCCUACGUUCAAUCCAAGGGACGAGCCAGGGCCCCGAUCUCCAAUUACAUAAUGUUAGCGGACACGGACAAGAUAAAAAGUUUUGAAGAAGAUCUGAAAACAUACAAAGCUAUUGAAAAGAUCCUGAGAAACAAAUGCUCCAAGUCGGUUGAUUCCGGUGAGGCCGACGUGGAGCCCGUGGUGGACGACGACGACGUCUUCCCGCCGUACGUGCUGAGGCCCGACGACGGCGGUCCGCGAGUCACCAUCAACACGGCCAUCGGGCACAUCAACAGAUACUGCGCGAGACUGCCCAGUGACCCGUUCACUCACCUGGCUCCCAAGUGCAGGACCCGGGAGCUGCCGGAUGGUACCUUCUACUCGACGCUGUAUCUGCCAAUCAACUCACCUCUCCGAGCCUCCAUUGUUGGUCCACCGAUGAGUUGUAUACGAUUGGCUGAGAGAGUUGUGGCUCUUAUUUGCUGUGAAAAACUGCACAAAAUUGGCGAACUGGAUGACCAUUUGAUGCCUGUUGGGAAAGAAACUGUUAAGUACGAGGAAGAGCUCGAUUUGCAUGACGAAGAAGAGACCAGUGUCCCAGGCAGACCCGGGUCCACAAAGCGAAGACAGUGCUACCCAAAGGCAAUCCCGGAAUGUCUGAGGGACAGCUACCCCAAGCCGGAUCAGCCCUGCUACCUGUAUGUGAUCGGGAUGGUUCUCACGACACCGUUACCUGAUGAGCUCAACUUCAGGAGGCGGAAGCUCUAUCCCCCUGAGGACACCACAAGAUGCUUUGGAAUACUGACAGCCAAACCCAUACCUCAAAUCCCGCACUUUCCUGUGUACACGCGCUCUGGGGAGGUGACCAUAUCCAUUGAGCUGAAGAAGUCCGGUUUCACACUGUCUCUUCAAAUGCUCGAACUGAUCACAAGGCUCCACCAGUACAUAUUCUCGCAUAUCCUUCGCCUCGAGAAGCCUGCACUAGAAUUUAAACCCACAGACGCCGACUCAGCAUACUGUGUUCUACCUCUGAAUGUCGUUAACGACUCCAGCACUUUGGACAUUGACUUCAAAUUCAUGGAAGAUAUUGAGAAAUCCGAAGCUCGCAUAGGCAUUCCCAGUACAAAGUAUUCAAAAGAAACACCCUUUGUUUUUAAAUUGGAAGAUUACCAGGAUGCAGUUAUCAUUCCAAGGUAUCGAAAUUUUGAUCAGCCUCAUCGAUUUUAUGUAGCUGAUGUGUACACUGAUCUUACCCCACUGAGUAAAUUUCCUUCCCCCGAGUAUGAAACGUUCGCAGAGUAUUACAAAACAAAGUAUAACCUUGACCUGACCAAUCUCAACCAGCCGCUGCUGGAUGUGGACCACACAUCUUCAAGACUCAACCUUCUGACGCCUCGCCACUUGAACCAGAAAGGGAAAGCUCUCCCGCUAAGCAGUGCCGAGAAGAGGAAGGCCAAGUGGGAGAGCCUGCAGAACAAGCAGAUCCUGGUUCCGGAACUCUGUGCUAUCCACCCCAUUCCAGCAUCACUGUGGAGAAAAGCGGUCUGCCUCCCCAGCAUACUCUAUCGCCUUCACUGCCUUCUGACCGCGGAGGAGCUGCGCGCCCAGACGGCCAGCGACGCUGGCGUGGGCGUCCGGUCACUUCCUGUGGAUUUUCGAUACCCUAACCUAGACUUCGGGUGGAAAAAAUCUAUCGACAGCAAAUCCUUCAUCUCGAUGGCUAACUCCUCUCCAGCUGAAAAUGAUAAUCACUGCAAGCACAGCACAACCGUCCCUGAAAAUGCUGCGCAUCAAGGUGCUAAUAGAGCCUCCCCUGCAGAAGAUCAUGACCAAAUGUCUGUGAGCCGCAGCGCGUUCCUCGGUGAGCCGUCCGCUAGACUCCCGGUUGAAGUUUCAACAGACCCGACAGCAAUUAAUGGUCUUUCUUACCAUGGAAACCUUGCCAAUGGCAGUUACGACUUAGCUAACAGAGACUUUUGCCAAGGAAAUCAGCUGAAAUGCUACAAGCAGGAAAUACCUGUACAACCAACUACCUCAUACCCCAUUCAGCAUUUGUACACUUACGAGAACCAGCCCAAGCCCAGCGAUGAAUGUACUCUACUGAGUAACACAUACCUUGAUGGCAGUGCUAACUCAUCUACCUCAGACGGCAGUCCCCUGGGGGCCGCGGUGCCUGGUACUCCGGAAGCUGUUACGGUCCUCAGAGGCGGGACGGGCUCUGAGCGGAGUCCUCCUCCCGGGUACUCCUCGAGGACUCUCGGCCCAAAUCCUGGACUCAUCCUUCAGGCUUUGACCCUUUCAAAUGCUAGUGAUGGAUUUAACCUGGAGCGGCUGGAGAUGCUCGGUGACUCCUUUUUAAAGCACGCCAUCACCACGUACCUGUUUUGCACUUACCCCGAUGCUCACGAGGGCCGCCUUUCCUAUAUGAGAAGCAAAAAGACAAAGGACUGCCUGCUGGCGAACGGCAAGCUGGACGAGGCCUUCGAGGAGGACGAGGAGGAGGAGGAGGACCUGGCGUGGCGGGCUCCCAGGGAGGACGCGGACGACGAGGACGACCUCCUGGAGUACGACCAGGAGCACAUCAAGUUCAUCGACAACAUGCUGAUGGGGUCCGGAGCGUUCGUGAGGAAAAUCCCCCUCUCCCCGCUUUCAGCUGCUGACUCUGCCUACGAAUGGAAAAUGCCCAAGAAGUCCUCCCUGGGCGGCAUGCCCUUCUCCUCCGACUUCGAGGACUUUGACUAUAGCUCGUGGGACGCCAUGUGCUACCUGGACCCCAGCAAAGCCGUGGAGGAGGACGACUUCGUGGUGGGCUUCUGGAGCCCGUCGGAGGAGAACUGCGGCGCCGACACGGGCAAGCAGUCCAUCUCCUACGACCUGCACACGGAGCAGUGCAUCGCGGACAAGAGCAUCGCCGACUGCGUGGAGGCCCUGCUGGGCUGCUACCUGACCAGCUGCGGCGAGCGGGCCGCGCAGCUGUUCCUCUGCUCGCUGGGGCUGAAGGUGCUCCCGGCGAUCAAGAGGGCUGACCGGGAAAAGGCCGCGGGCCCCGCUCGGGAGAGCCUCGGCGGCCAACAGAAGAGCCUUUCAGGAAGCCGGGCUGCCGCCCCCGCGGCCGGCCCGCGCUCCUCCGCGCCCAGAGACUUGGAGUACGGUUGUUUGAAGAUCCCACCGAGGUGUAUGUUUGAUCAUCCAGACGCGGAUAAAACACUGAACCACCUGAUUUCAGGUUUUGAAAAUUUUGAAAAGAAAAUCAACUACAGAUUCAAGAACAAGGCUUACCUUCUACAGGCUUUCACGCAUGCCUCCUACCACUACAAUACGAUUACUGAUUGCUACCAGCGCCUAGAAUUCCUGGGAGAUGCGAUUUUGGACUACCUCAUAACCAAGCACCUUUACGAAGACCCGCGGCAGCACUCCCCAGGGGUCCUGACCGACCUGCGCUCCGCCCUGGUCAACAACACCAUCUUCGCGUCGCUGGCCGUGAAGUACGACUACCACAAGUACUUCAAGGCCGUGUCCCCGGAGCUCUUCCACGUGAUCGACGACUUCGUGCAGUUCCAGCUCGAGAAGAACGAGAUGCAGGGCAUGGACUCCGAGCUCAGGAGAUCUGAGGAGGACGAGGAGAAGGAAGAGGACAUUGAAGUCCCAAAGGCCAUGGGGGACAUUUUUGAGUCACUGGCCGGCGCCAUCUACAUGGACAGCGGGAUGUCGCUGGAGACGGUGUGGCAGGUGUACUACCCCAUGAUGCGGCCGCUGAUAGAAAAAUUUUCUGCAAAUGUGCCCCGCUCCCCUGUGCGAGAAUUGCUUGAAAUGGAACCAGAAACCGCCAAAUUUAGCCCGGCUGAGAGAACUUACGACGGCAAGGUCAGAGUCACCGUGGAAGUGGUAGGCAAGGGGAAGUUCAAAGGUGUCGGCCGCAGCUACAGGAUCGCCAAAUCCGCAGCAGCACGCAGAGCCCUACGAAGCCUCAAAGCUAAUCAACCUCAGGUUCCCAACAGCUGAAACCCCUUUUUAAAAUUAAAAAAAAGAAAAGGCAGAAUUAAGGUGGAAAUAUUUAAAUUGAAAAGGAUGAUUUUAAAGUUGAUACUGAGCGGAACGAAUUGAAGGCAGAAUUUAAAGUUUGAUAACAAGAUAGAUUACAGAAUAAAACAUUUAACAUGUGUAUAAAAA